CUCUGAGCCCUAAACCCGUAAGGGUUUUGGGUUUUUGUUCCAAGUUCUAACCAAACAUUAUAAUCAAUAAAAAUUUUAUCUUGACACAGAGCUCCUGCUCCCGCUUCCAUGGCUUUGCUGGAUUCGCCAUUGUCUCAUCUGUCCUAGGGUUUCUUUUCUAGGGUUUACGAUGCUUCCCUGUCAUUGCCAUGAGGAUUCCAGAUCUCAAGCGCAAAUCGGAUCAGCGAAAAAAGAAUGUUCCCAUGAAUGGUUGCGGAGAUUUGAGAGGUUCCAGUAAUGGCGUCGCGUUCCAGAUGACCAUCCUGUUUUUGUCCACUUCUCGCUUCAGGGUUCGAGCCUCCGAGACUUUCAUCGCCCGCUUGCACGAUCACGCCUUCCGGGGUCCUCAUCGUCCAAAGCUCUUGUUCGACGUCGAGGUCAUCCGAGACCAUCCCGAAGCUUGGGUCGUCAAGGUUAUCUGUACUCUCUGCGUGCGCUCGUCGUCGUUGGACACCUGCUUGGAUUAUUUCAGUAAAAAUUUGAAUCCGUCGAUUGCUUACGAAGUCAUCAAGCGCUUAAGAAAUCCAAAUUUGUCUCUCAAACUGUUCGAGUUCAGUAGAGUUAAGUUGGAGAUCAGGCAUUCUGUCAGAACUUACAAUUUUCUUGUGAAGUCACUCUCUGAGAUGGGGCUCCAUGAUGCAGCGAAAGUGGUGUUUGAUUGCAUGAGAAACGAUGGGCAUUUGCCCGACAGUUCAAUUUUGGCGUUCUUGUUAUCUUCUUGUGCCCGAGCGGGUAAGUUAGAUAUCACAAAGUCUUUGAUUUCUCAGGUUCUCGGCAAUGGAAUCGAAGUUAAUCCGUUUGUAUAUAAUAACCUGUUGGAGAUUUUGGUUAAGAGCAAUCGGGUACAGGAGGCCGUUUGCCUCUUGAGAGAGCAUUUGAGUUCUUGUUUUCGUCCCGAUACUUGCACAUUUAAUAUUGUUAUCAAAGGCCUCUGCAGAAUAGGAGAAGUAGAUAGGGCUUUUGAGAUUUUUGAUGAUAUGGGGAGUUUUGGUUGCUGCCCUGAUGUUGUUACCUACAAUACACUUAUAAAUGGAUUGUGUAGGGCUAGUGAUGUAGAUAGGGGGCAUCGGUUGUUGAUGGAAAUUCAGUCCAAUAGUAAAUUUUCAUUAGAUGUUGUGACUUACACAUCAUUGAUAAAGGGUUACUGCAAAUUGGGUAAGAUGGAAGAGGCCUCCAAUCUUUAUGAUGAGAUGGUUAGGUCAGGGACAGAGCCCAAUGUGAUUACUUAUAAUACACUUAUUGAUGGAUUUAGUAAGAUUGGCGAGGUGGGGUCAGCAAUGGUCAUGUAUGAGAAGUUGCUUCUUCAGGGAUGUUUUCCUGAUGUGGUUACCUUCACUUCCUUGAUUGAUGCUCACUGUCGAAGUGGGCAGAUCGAUGAGGGUAUUAAGCUUUGGCAUGAAAUGCAAACAAGAAAUAUUUCUCCAAAUGCACAUACUUUUCAUGUCCUCAUUAAUUCUCUGUGCAAAGAAAAUAGACUAAAUGAGGCUCGUGGCCUUUUGAGGCAAUUGAAAUGGACGGAUAUUGUCCCACAAGCGUUUGUCUACAACCCUGUGAUUGAUGGGUUCUGUAAGGCCGGGAAUAUAGAUGAGGCCAAUGCUAUUGUGGCAGAGAUGGAGGAGAAAAGAUGCAAGCUUGAUACAUAUACAUUUACCAUUUUAAUCAUUGGGCAUUGCAUGAAAGGGAAAAUGCAUGAAGCAAUCAACAUUUUCCAUAAGAUGUUGAAUUCUAAUUGUCCCCCUGAUACCAUUACAGUGCAGGCACUAACAUCCUGUCUUUUUAAAGCUGGCAUGCCCAAUGAAGUGCAAAGGAUUUUGGCAAUGUUAUUGGAGAGGGACUUGGAUUUGGGUUUAUCAGUUUCAAGGAAAAUUCCUUCUUUGAAAAAAAAUGUAGAUAUUCCAGUGGCUGCUUGACUGAAAGGUUUACUUAUGAAGUGCCCUUGAAAGGGUGAGUGCUUUUGUGGACCUAAUGGUGUGUCAAGAGCCCCUGACAUUCGCCAGAAUAUGAAGCCAACAUAAAUUAUCUUCAGCCCAUCCUAGCAUUCUACACAGUUGACUUGGAACAGUGAAAGCGGAGAAAUGGAGGUGAAGCUUUUAAAUGAAGGAUUAGUGUUUGGUUUUACGGGGUGAUCUUCCUGCAACAUUUUGCUGCCAGGCCUAAGAUUAAGAUUAAAGGCAUGAGUCCUGGUAUAGGUAGGUGCUCAAAAUUACUUUGGGAAGAUCUACAAAUGAGCUUCUUCCUAUCUAGGUAUUAUUUGCACCCAACUGAAAAUACCCAUGCCUUCUUUAAAUUAAAACUGUCUUAGUAUAAAACGUUGGGAUGCCAUCCCUUGACAAUGUAACUGACGUUCUGAUAUUUAAUACAAUCUCAAUUUUUCUGUGUCGUUUGGCAUGUA